UCAGUUUUGCUUCAGUGGGUUUGAGAAUAGCAUGCGCCUGGCAGGAUAACCGUGACGAUUUGUUUUAGUUCGUUUCUAAUCUACGCGAAAGUUGGAUAUUUUGAACGGUCGACUCGUUACUGGAGAAAAAAUUUCAGCCGAUUUUUGAUUUUUGUUCUAUAUUUAAUGGUGACAUAGAUUAUUGAGUUGAAAAUGAAAAUCGUUAGGUUGUUAUUGUUGGUCACAUUGAUAUCGUUCGUCUACGCGAAUCCUGCAGUGGAUAAUGGUGAUUCCAUCAAUCACGUGGCACCGCCAAACAUGAGUAAAGUCGCUCUCGAGGAUUCGUUCGUGCAGCGGCUCGGAGCUAAGUGUACCCAGAAGGAUAAUAGUUCCUGCGUGAUGUUAAAGUUCGUGACCUACAUGAAUCGGAUACUGCAGAAAUCCAGCAUCACCAUUGGUGAUGGCGUUGAGCUUAUGCAGACGAGAGUCGAGAACGACCAAUCCGGCGACGACCGGGAAGAGUUGGAAGUGCUCAGCCGAGCUUCCAGCUCAGAUGACCACAAGCUGAGCGUAAUCGUGGCCGACAAAAUCUGGCGCUUCAUUCAUAGUCGCAGCGUAAAAUGGAAAGCAUUUCAAUCGGCCGAUGUCGUCGUUGCCACCGGCGAAGGAGGAAAAUUUAACUUCGGUGUUUCGCUCGACACCAGGAAAUUAUUCGAGGAAGGCCGUGGUAGAAUAAAAAACUACGUGCCAGUUUUAAUGGCAUUUAUGAUGAAGGCAGGAAUUGUGGGGGCACUUAUCGUUAAGGGUAUCGCAUUGCUCGUAGGAAAAGCUCUGCUCGUAAGUAAAUUAGCCCUGCUGUUGGCCAGUGUGAUUGGAAUCAAAAAGCUUCUGCACAAAAAGCACGUGACAUACGAAGUCGUUGCUCACCCACCGGAGCACCAUCACCACCUUGACACGUACAGCUCGGGUUGGGCUCGAGCCAUAGAUGGUUUCGUGGAUUCCUUCUCCAAAGGACUGGAGAACAAUUUAUUGAAGGAUUCUAAUGAGAUUGCAUACGCCAAACAGAUUCCACACUAGGUGCUAUUUCGAUAGCGUCUAACCUUUCCUGAGGAGCCCUCUAUCUAGUAGUCCUGUGUUCAAUAGUCUAGUACCUGAGAAUUUUUUUGUCAUUCCUGUGAUAAUUCCUGUGCUUUUACCUACUGUAACUUAAUACUGUAAUUCCCUGAUUAUUCACAUUUUUUAUUUAUUGAAUAUACCUCUAUUCUCUACCAAA